GCGAUCUCUGUCCAUUUUCCCUUGAGCAAUUUCAAAGCAAUUUCAAAGUAUGAAACCUUGUAUCCCGGCGGUGAGCAGAUACUCGAUUUUCAGGGAUCUUGGGGCCUCUCUGCGUACGGUGGUCAUUCAUAUAUUCGUACCCUACUUGUCGAUGGGAUGUGCAAGCUUUGCAAUACCCUGGGCAUGAACGAGUCGAUUAACCCUUUUCAAUCAACAGCAUACACAAGACCCAAGGGUAUAGGGCGUACGCUUGGGCAAAGGGCAAAACGUUCCUCGAGGCUAAUGCUCGCCCAAUGACCACCAUCUCCACACGCCAUGCUUUACGACAUUCAAAAGGCGCCUGGGGCGUUCUGCUGGUCUCGUUCUAUCUGUCGACCUCUUCGUCGCCUACUUGCAGCUUGAGUGUGCGUCUGGUCGUGUUGCUUGUGUACUUUCGCUUCACGACACCUCGGGUCCCUGUUCGUCGUUCGUGGUCAUCUCAGCUUUCCUCUCAGCCGCACCAUGCGUUCAAAACCGGCCCCAAUUGCUCCUAACAAGACUACGAAAAGGCCUUCACGCGAUGAGAACCUUUUCCUCGCUAAGCUGGCAGAGGAGACGGAGCGUUGGGAAGACGUCGUCAUGUUCCUCAAACGCAUCAUCACAUACUCAACCCUCAUGGCCACCUCGAACACGAGCCCCAUUCUCUCCAUCGAAGAACGUAACCUCUUGUCUAUAGCGUACAAGAACCUCACCGGCUCCCUCCGCAACAGCCUACGUCUGAUCGAGACUGUGGAGAAAAGUGAGGGCGUAUCGAAGCAUCAUCUGGCCUUGCUGCAGAGGCAGAAGAAUAAAAUCGAGAAGGAGCUAGCGGCGAAGUGCAAAGACUUACUGGAAAAUGUCCUGGAGAAGCUGGUUCCGGCGGCCGGGAAGGGCGAGGAGAGGGUGUUCUAUUUCAAGAUGCAAGGCGACUAUUAUCGCUACCUCUCUGAAUUCGCAAAACGCAACAACGUCCUCCGAGAACACUAUGCGUCCCUCUCCCUCACAUCAUACACGGCCUCCUACAAACACGCGCUCCACACCCUCGAAGCAUGGCAUCCAACACGUCUCGGCCUCGCGCUGAAUUUUGCGGUAUAUUUCAGGGAUGUCAAGUCGGAUCCGGAGCGGGCAUGUCAUCUGGCGAAGUUCGCAUUCGACGAGGCAGUUGCGGGCAUGUUGGCGAAUCGGGUAGGGGCCCCCCCAGUGCCUGGAGAUGGGGCAGGCAAAGCGUGCGAGGAAGAUGGUGCGUUAUCAGAGAAGACAUUUAGGGAUUGUGUGGUUAUUUUGUCGUUGUUGAAAGACGAUAUGUUGCUCUGGGCGGCAGAGAUGGGUAUGCCGAUGUACGUUGAGGGGCAAUGAGCGCUCGCAGAUUGUCACGGUGACUCUAUUCGGGUUCACACUCUGCCUCGACACGUCCAGGUGGUGGCACUGGACGGGUGGAGGCUCGGCGCCAGGCUGUUGAAUCAUUGUCGGUGGUUCGUUCAGGACGAUGAGUUUCUUUCAUAACAUCAUUCUUCUCUUCUUCGUCACGGCUCCGUUCUCUCCGUUCUUUCUCCUUUGGGUCCAUUGUACACUGCUUCCGGCAUGUUUCCAUUCCAUUCUAACUGCUUCAUCUCAUCUUUCAUCCCGCAUGGUGUAUUCGUUUCCCCCCUCAUUUUUUUGCAUGAACCCUUUGAC